AUGUUGGUGUUUGCCAACUGUGCUGCACUGAUGCAGAGCAAAGAAACCAUGUACACCUUCAAGCGUUCACAGCAGCAACGACAGCCCUUCCCGGUUGGCAACACUAAUGAUGGAGACGGGGAGAAGGGGGGGAUGACGUACGCGACGUUGCCCGAUGGAUACGGCGACGCGGGCGACGGAACUGCGGCGGAUGGGGGCGGGCGUAACACUAACGAAUACGGCACAGGCGAGUGUACGACCGUGGCUGAUGACGGGAAAGAGGCCGCAGUACAGCAACUAGAAGGCGGAGGAGACUUCACGGGGCAGCCGCAGUCGCAGGUGCCUGGUGAUCACCUCUUCGUGCAGGCAUCGGCGGAGGAGGUGCUGCAAUACUGCCGCGAUAUGAUUCUUCGCCGUCAGAUUACGCCACCCCCGCAGUGGCGACGCAUGCGUACUGACCUGCCAGCCUCCAUCGCGGAGUUGCGUCUCACACCCUCUGCGCCGGAGCCUAUUCAGUACACCCACCCCAUCACCCCGUCACCCUGCGUUGUCCUGCAGCUUGACAACAGCGUGCCGGAGGGAAUGACAACCAAGGAAUACUCCAAGAGUCUCGUAAAGUAUAUCAUGGAUCUUCUAGCAUACCAGCGGGCCUCUACUGCCAUCACCUCACUGCGGUUCGUCAAAAUUGGCACGGAACUAUCGCAGCUUGUGCUGACGUUUGGCCGUGAUGUGCAGCUGGCAUCGCUGGUGCUGGGGGAGUUUGCAAAGGUCGGUCUCCAGGCCGGGUUUGGUGCCCCCAUCAAAAGCCAUUUACCUAACGCGACCUUCCGUCUGACGGAUUAUUACAUGACGCUGCACGACGGUACCGGCAUUACUGCAGAGGACAUUGUUGCGCUGUUAGGUUCAAUUCAGUCGCCGCAGGACAUCAGUGUCCUGGCCGGGUAUGAGCCCGGGGUAUUCUAUGCGGCGGUGAGGCGUCCAGAGACAGUGUACGCCUGGCUGUGGAAUCCUUUUUGUUCCUUUGUGGUGCAGCGAACCCUCUUUGAGCAAUGUGGAGUGCUUGUAACAAUGGCAGACUGCCCGCAUGAGUUCGUUGGACGUAGUGGGGGGUCGUUUACCACGGAGCAAAGGAUGUAUGAGCCUGGGCGGGGCCGACGAGAAUUGGGAGGUGAUGGCAACGGCAACGACGUCGAGGGAACGGCUAACGUUGGUGCCGGGGACUAUGAUAAUGUCGACGAGAACACCAACGAUAAUGAUAGUAAUGAAGUGGAGGAGUACAACGAUCUUGACGGGGGCAAUCGCGUGGUAAAUAGUGGCGCACUGGAGUGGACCCGCAAUGCAAAGGAGGAAAUUGAUAUUUUUGAGGGAAUCGACAAGCCGUCCACACGAGAAGCAGCGCGCCUGGAAUUUGUAGAUGACGACAUCACAGAGCUUUUGCAACAGGUGAAUGUAGAGAAGCAGCAACAGCAACAGCAACAGCAACAGCAACAGCCUGCGGUGUACACUGGCGUGACGCAAUCAGUUGGACUUUAUGAUCGGGCUGUUGAGGGAGUGGCGUUGCCCGGUACGUAUGCGCAGCCACCUGCCCUGCAGCAACCUCAGCAGCCGUACCCGUACUAUGGCGAUGGUGCGCUUCUGCUUCCAUGGCAACAAGAGCAGCAACAGCAACUCGUAAGUGACCCGCAAUUGGUGGGGCAAACGGUGCCUCUGUCGUAUGGUGCAAUGCCAUCGUUCACAGACGUAUACAUGCCAGCACGCGAGCAAACUGUAAAGUAUCCUGAACUUGUGGAUGAAGCUGACAUUAAUGCACUUCCAGAACUCAUGAACAAUGAGGCUAUGACUUCAAAUGGAUUAAUAACACAACAGCAGCGGCAGCAGUUGGAAAUGCAUUGGUUUUCAGAAGGGGCGCCAAUGUCCGUAGUUGGGAAUUGUGAUGUUUUGUACCCUAUGUCAUCAGCUCUUCCAUGUGUUACACAGUCGUUUGCUCCAUCAAUGCAGUUACCAUUGCAUCCGCACCUUAUGCACGACGGGGCGAACGUCAUGCCUUCUAUUCUCGGGCAGCCUUUGUACAGCAGUCCUUAUGCUCCCGUUACUGUCAGCUCCGAAAAUAAUAAUAUUAAUAAUCAAAACAGCGACAUGAAUCAAUAUCAGCAUCAUGGUCCGGGUAUUCUGGCCUCCUUCCCCUUAACAAAUGGGCCGCUACCGCUGCCACGCAUCAUCACGGUGGAUAGGGCACAAGAGUUGGCUAGAAGGGUUGUAGAGCUGGUGCAAGUGAUAUUCCCUAUACCAUCAGUGUCCUCAUCACCACUGCUGCCACUCGCAACAGCGGAAGAAAAGAUGGAAGAAACCCUCACUAUACAGGUCGCUUCACCUGAUAACGAGGAGGAUACUGUUUCAGCGUCAUUGUUUCCCCGUGUCCCAUGCACUGCCACCGUACCUCGUGUGCGUGCCGAAGUGAAGGAUCUCAUUUUUUUUAUUCAGGAGGAGUACUUGCAACUCAAGCAGGUCAUUGAGAGCUCCACUCCUGAGAUGCGGGAAAGUCGUCACCGCAUUGUAUCUGCCCUUCUCGCCCAUAGGCCAGGUCUGCUUAACAGCGAUGAGGAGGCGGAUUGGAUGCCACAGGAGGAGGGCAACGUGAAUGAGGGGACGAAGGGUCCGCAGCUAUCAGCUCUUCUUCCUUAUCUGCUAGCAACAACAGAGGGAACAGAACUUGUGUCCGUCAUAGCGUCACAUGACACGGAACAACUUCUUCCGGUCCUGGCACGAUAUGUGUUACCGUUUCUAUUGGAUGCCGCAGUUGUGCGCUCCGUCGUCGCCGUGGCGUUGCGUGCGGAGCCUACCGCAGAGAACCCUCUGGUGAAGCGUAUUAUGCGUCACUGGGGGCCUUUGGCCUCCUGGCUGCAUGAAUAUAUUAAUUGUCAGGCCGCUGCUGCGGAAAUGCGUGCAGAGGAAGAGUUGGAACAUGUCACGACAACUCAGCAGACACUUAAAUCCACAGCAAGGGCUACAGUGGUACGAAGACUCACCUCGCAUGUGGGGAACACAAUUGACAUGCUUCUGGCAGCCAUGUCUCCAGAACAGCGUAACGAUACGAAAGCGUAUCUUGAUGCCACUAAAGCACUCGAGACAUUUGUGCGGUCAUUGCAGACAGCGGAGCAACAAGACUCUGAGCAGGAAGCGAAAGACGCAGCAUCCCGGAAAGCAGACACCUCUCACCUGUCCAUGAUCACACUCUGGAGCGCCGAAGGGGCUGUCCACCGCUCUUUACUGCGUCUCUAUCUUAACGCCAACCUCCUAGGCGGCAAGGAGCUGGUGGACUUGUUAUUCGUCUCACAAUCAUUCUUAACGCGGGAUCAAUAUUACUUUGUUCUUGUGGCCUUCUCGAAGAGCCUCGUUAGCCACGUGCUGAGUGAUGAGACAGCACGUGCCUGUGGUGCUUUUCUACGUGUGAUGGAGCAGAAACUUCUUAAUCUGGAGACAUCCAACACUGACGGCAGCGGCAGCGGCAGCAGCAGCAACAACGCACCCCUGCUGACAGAAAAGGACGCUGUGAACCUCCUCGACACUGCACUGCGGGCAAUUGGAUCGACGGAAGCGUACACGUGUUUGCGGGAUGCGUACCUCGCAACAGUUCUACCGAUGAAGCGAUACGAGAGAGUGGAGGCGAAGUUGGCGCAGCCAACGCUGCCGGUGAUAUCAGCUUUGUCGCCUCCUGCACCAGAACAACAUCCUCAUUCUCAUUCCUCUCAUCCAGGCUCACAGCAAAAGGUGGAUGGGCAGCCGUCUGACCCACGAAAAGGCUGGACGGCGGCGUGGACGGCUGUCAUGCGCAACUAUCCUCAAUUGGGCGAUCCGUUUACCCCGCUGCCGACAGGCUGGACGAGUGCAUUAAGUCGCUCGUACGGGCACUAUUACUUUAAGGACGCCAAAGGUACUGCGACGUACAAGCACCCGACUGAUGCGGCAGAGUUUAUGGCGACUCCUCAGGCCUUCCUGCGGGAAACUGGUGUAAGCACCACUCUUGCUGAUGUCCUUGCGUACGCAAAUAAUAACCAUAAUAAUAUCAAUUCCGCCAAGAAAACCGAGGAGGAAGAGGUUGGGGCCACAGCACCUGCGGGAGAAUCUGCAGUUGCUGCAGUUAAUUACUUGGAUAGUGGUGUGAAAAUCACAGAGGAAGAGGCGGAACAUUGGUUAGGGGAUCAGCGAAUACGCGUGGAGGCGCUCGACAUGGCCACUCUGGCGCUGCUGAAGAUUACUUACCGUGCCGAUGGAGGUGCGGGACGGCGCGGUGGCCACGAUCGCGGCAGAAGAUCUAGUCGGCGUCGACGUGAAAGCAGCGAGGGACACCGUCGUCACGGUCACCAUCAUCAUUCCCGUAAACGUGCACGCGGUAGUCCGUGCAAUGUGGCCGAGCUGCAGCGCAGGCUCAUCAAACUCAGCAGCUACCCACCACGCGGUCAUCCGUUUCCACCGCUCCUGCGCGGUUGGACAUGCAACCUCAGCUCCUCUAAUGGGCUUUACUAUUUCCGACCGCCACGGGGAAACCCUGUUUAUCAGCAUCCCGUGAGCCGUUGCGAAUACCGCGCUUCGCCGCAGGCAUUUGUCUUGCAUCGUGGCAUCCACGCCAAUGCGAUUGCCGUUGAGGCGCACAAAUCCGUGGAGGAGGUUGAGAGGUGGUUAACGGAUCAACGACAGCGUGACGAGGCCAUUGAUGCGGCGGUUGUGCUUAUGGUUCCGAUAGAAUAUGCCCUGAUCCCUGAAUACGACGAAGGCGACAUGAAAGUUGGCGAGGAACCGCAACAGCAGCAGCAAGAGGAGCAUGAGGGUAGCGAUGGUCGUCGUAGUAUCAGUUCUCACAACACGACGGUAACAACAAAGUAG